UGCAUUUGCAACACAAUGAACUAAAUAAAAUUGCAUGUAAGAGCUAAACAAAUAAAUAAAUCAAGAAAGAAAUAAUAUAUAUGUCACGAAUCUGUUCCAUGGACUUUCAUCUGAUUAUCACAAGAGGUCGCUCUGUCACCAUAUUGACACUCACACCACACAGACUGUCACGCAUCACUCUGGACUACAUCUCCCAUGCUCCACUGCACUGAUUGCGCACUCACCUGCAUCCAAUAACACACUAUAUAACACUCUGAUCCUGCUGUAGUCACUAAGUAUUGUAUGCAUUUAUCUUCCUCCAAGCGAUAGCUACUCUACGGAGCCUGUCUAGUUUUCAGUUCCUAGUCAUUAUCUUGUCUUGUUUGUUUACUCGUGUUUUGAUUCUUGUCUGUUUAUUUUGUAUACCCCUUUCAUCUUACCAUUCGGACUCCGUUUACGCCAUGCUUGGAUUAUCGCCUGUUAUUGGAUUUACCGUUUGCCUCGCCCUCUGGAUUACGGUUACCGUCUUUGACCCACGCCUGUUUCAUGGAUCACUCUUCAGUCUCACCCUUGAUAUAUCUGUUUGCCAUUGUUUGACUUUUGCCGGUAUUGACCAUGUCAUUGAAUAAAGUGCAAGUGGAUCCGCUCGCCUCACGUCUCUGUCACCCCGUUACAGAAUACUCGGCCCCACAAGGAUCCAGCGGCUUUCCUAAAGGACCUUGGCCAAGUAUGGACCCUGUCGACCGGCUACUCUAUUCACGACAGGGGAGUUCACCUAUUGAGGAGUACGUCACUCAGUUCUGUCCAGAGUCUCCUGUGUCUCAGUUUUCUCCAGGUUCCAGUCUCUGCCUUGGUGGUCUUCUGUUCCCUCGCGGAGGUCUUAUGUUCCGUUUGUUCCACCGUGGUGGUCUUCUGCUCCAUCGUGGGGGUCUUCUGUUCUACUCUGGUGGUCUUCUGCUCCAUCGUGGGCGUCUUCUGUUCUGCUCUGGUGGUCUUUUGCUCUGCCGUGGGGAUCUUCAAACUCAUCUGCGCUGCUGGUGGUGGUCCUCAGCCUCACCUGUUCUGCCAGUACCGUCAUGGUUCUCUGCUUCUCCAGUUCUAACUCAAUCCCAGGGUCAUCCAUCUCCACAUGGACCUGUCCCUCCAUCCUUCCCCCGGUUCCACCUCCGCUCCACCACCCUCCUGGUUUUUGUAGUGUUUGGAGCGUCUGGAAGAGGGGGGCUCUGUCACGAAUCUGUUCCAUGGUCUUUCAUCUGAUUAUCACAAGAGGUCGCUCUCUCACCAUAUUGACACUCAGACCACACAGACUGUCACACAUCACUCUGGACUACAUCUCCCAUGCUCCACUGCACUGAUUGCGCACUCACCUGCAUCCAAUAACACACUAUAUAACACUCACUCUGAUCCUGCUGUAGUCGCCAAGUAUUGUAUGCAUGUAUCUUUCUCCAAGCGAUAGCUACUCUACGGAGCCUGUCUAGUUUUCAGUUCCUAGUCAUUAUCUUGUCUUGUUUGUUUACUCAUUUUUUGAUUCUUGUCUGUUUAUUUUGUAUACCCCUUUUGUCUUACCAUUCGGACUCUGUUUACGUCAUGCCUGGAUUAUCGCCUAUUAUUGGAUUUACCAUUUGCCUCGCCCUCUGGAUUACGGUUACCAUCGUUUGACCCACGCCUGUUUCAUUGAUCACUCUUCAGUCUCACUCUUGAUAUAUCUGUUUGCCAUUGUUUGACUUUUGCCGGUAUUGACCAUGUCAUUGAAUAAAGCCUUGCAAGUGGAUCCG